AUGGCAGCCACUAUACUACGAAAAGUGUCUCAAGGGGAACAUAGGAACAGAAGUGUCGAAAUCGACCUCAGCCAUGUGAACAGAAUGACAAAAUUACUUCUCCUCCUAGGAAUAAUAGUUCGUGUAAUUAUUUAUUACUAUAGCCUGUGGCAUGACAACAAUUUUGAUGUGAAGUUUACAGAUGUCGACUACUAUGUCUACUCAGACGCUGCCAAAUAUAUUCUGAGGAAUGAAUCUCCUUAUAAACGAUACACCUAUAGAUACACACCCCUAUUAGCUUACUUGAUGGUGCCAAAUUUUCUUUUUCAUUUUUCCUUUGGCAAAAUAUUGUUUUCUUCAUUUGAUUUCCUCAUCGCAAUUGUUCUAAUUAGAAUCUUAAGAAUUAAAUACCCUUCAUGCAAGAAUUACAUUUUUUAUGUUUCCAUGUGGAUCCUAAAUCCCAUGGUGAUCAUCAUAUCCAUUAGGGGCAAUGCCGACUGUAUCCCCUGCUUAUUCGUUUUCUUAACUCUCCUUUGCAUUUAUCAAAAGAAAAUUUACCUCGCAGCUAUUUUUUAUGGGCUAGCUGUUAAUUUUAAAAUAUACCCCAUUAUCUAUGCCCUUCCUUUGAUGCUUUAUCUGAACAAGAAUUAUUUGGCCAAGGACAGUUUUUUCCAAGGGGAUAAACAACAGGAGGACCUCUGUGUAAAUCCUAUCAGCCGCACUCUUCGCUCAAUUGCUCAAUUUUCUACUGGACUCAUUAAAUUAAACCGGGAUCAGCUGGUGUUUUCCCUCUGCAGUUUUAGCACCUUUAUGUUGCUAAACGGAAUAUUCUAUCGAAUGUACGGAUACACAUUUCUGCACGAGUCCUUCAUAUACCACCUUGUGCGUCGGGACCACAGACACAACUUUUCCCUAUUCUUUUAUCUUAUGUACUUGACCAUUGAGGGGAACUCCAAGAUCAUCCCCCUCAUAACAUUUGUGCCCCAAGCUGUGCUGGUGGCGCUGUUCGGCUUUAAGUACGCGCGGGCUAAUUUGGAAUUGUCCAUGUUCCUGCAGACCCUUGCCUUCAUUGCCAUGAACAAAGUGUGCACUUCACAGUACUUCAUUUGGUGCCUCCCCUUCAUUCCGGUUGUCCUACACUCCAUAACGUUAAACAGGAAAAACAUAGCCCUUAUUGCGGGAGCAGUGUUCUUAUUUAUUUUAGCCAAGGCGAACUGGCUCUUGUGGGCGUAUUACCUUGAAUUUAAAGGGUAUAACACCUUUCUCCAGUUGUUCUACUCCUCUGUUUUGUUCCUUAUUUCUGAGAUGAUCAUCUGUUGGGUUUUUAUGUACCUUCAUUUUGCGGAACAGAAGAAGGAGGUAUAA